AUGACAGUUUUCAACGGGCGGACACCUACAACGACUGCAACAGUGACACCGUCGGUAACAACAAGUUCAGCUGUUUCCGCUACUUCUGUAUCAGCGGAGGAAAGAGCUCCAAAUAAUUGUAAGUAUAGCAGCCGUGAAACAUCAGAUGCUGCGGAAGCAACGCCAGUAAAUAUUUUGGACAGUAAUGUGGUCUUCCCAGUGGGCAGCGUUUUGGAGUGUCGCAGUGUGAUGAACUCUACAACUGUGGGCCAAGUGAUUUGCUCAGAUCAUUCUGCUCGACUUCUUGCCUUGAAGGAUACUUCUGUUGCUGAUGAACCUUCCAUACGUAUCAUCAAUCUGGGGCUUGUUUCUCAGGUUACUUCUUUGCAAGAAAGUGAUGGUAAGCAGGUUUCACCUCCUUGGUCAAGUGUGCCAGUAUCAGUAAAACAGGUACAAGAACGCUUGGAGCGUGCUAUAAUCCGAAAAAAGGCUUCUGUUAUGCAAACUAACGUACCAAUUGAGGCACAGAAGAUUUUUAUUCAUCUCAGGAAGACAUUGGAACGUAAAGUAGAGUGGUCAGGGAGCAGUAUUAAAAUUCUUGAUCGUGUUAUUGUAAGACCACCAUAUACAGCUGAUUCAGUUGAGCAGAUUGGAGAUAUUAGUAAUGUACCAGUUAACGCGACAAAGGAUCAUGUUAGGAAAAUAGUAAGAAGUUUAAGGAAGCUGUAG